AUGACACAACAUAAACGAACCGGAAAAUCACCAGAUAUACUCCAAAAUCAAUUUCACACCCCGAAACAGCCCACUACUCCGGCAACAACCUUCCACUCGAGAAGCGCCAAAUCAAAGAUAACGCCAUCUCCAGCACCGACACAUCUGGACAAUGACCAGCUGGAUUAUAUCACAGAAGGACAGCCCGAUGCUACGCAUCAAAGGCAAGAAUCCGCGCAGCUAGAUGAUGGAUCUGAGAGCGAGACCGAUUAUCGACCCUCGCUGCGGACCCGAGCAAAUUUCACAAGAUUCGAAACAAACGACGACCACCCAAAGAGACGAAGGAAAGCCAACGGGAUGGGGAAUCGAGUGCUCGAUCGGGGCCAGAGCCUUCGAAGAGGCCAGGCACCGAAGGUACCUGGAGCUGGGAAGGGCAAACGGAAAUCCAUGGAGAAACCAGAUACAAAACGAGACAAAACCCUCACGCAGAUGAAUUUCGUGCGGCGAUACAUUCCGAUAGACGAGUCCGACGAUAACGAUUCGAACAUGGGAUACAUAGAAACGCCACACCAGGACUCAACGAUCGAGCAGCGCCCUACCGGGGAAGAGGAGCAGACGCCGAAGACCAGCAAGAGAACAGCUAAACCCGAACCUGCAACAUCUUCAAAACGCAAUCGCAGGAUAUUUGAACAAGAAUUGGAUCUCUCUACAGGCGAACCGCUCACGUCUGGUGAAACUCAAGAUACCAGUCUUCAAGAAGAUCAGCAGAAUUCGCUGAGCUCAAGACUACCCUUGACGCCCCAAAAAUCUCGGAAACUCGAAAUUCCCUCUUCCCAAUCUCCGGAAAGUCCUGGACUAGCAAUUAUCACAUCAUCACAAUUUAGAUGCGCCACUCUCUCGCCGACGAAACGAAAACCCUUGAACUUCAGGCUUCAAGGAGAUCUGAUCAAGGAGGAAUCACCGAGUGCGGGACCAAUGAUUGAGACGCAGGGCCCUGCGGGUACAUCACAGCUCAAAACACCAACACACAUCUCCCCAAAUAGAUCAGGUUCGUUGGUCCAAGAACCGCAAAUAUCUGCAGACGUCGCGCGGCCAUGUCUCCCCGAAACAGGUCCCAGUUCCCUGGAAGCGUUACCCGCAGACCAGGGGUCGAAUUUUCAGCGUAUUCAAAGAGAACGGACCGUGGUGUAUGAAACCGAUGCCGACUCGAGCGCAAGUGAAUCUGAAGACAUGGAGGAUGAACAACCAAACUUACCACGAGCGCAAAAGCCACGUGAAAGUGUUCCACGCCUAGUGGAAGACAGUCCACGCUUACAGAGCGACGACUCGCAAGAACUACCCUUGCCAGAAACCCAGCCCCCAGGCGAUAUGGAUUUCGAUCCUCCUUCUGAACCCCCGAUGUCAGAUGUGUCGGCUUAUUACCAGAGAGUGCAGCCGGCGACCCAGUUCCCACAUGAACCAGUUCCAACACUUAACACCCAGAAGCUAUCCGAGCUAUUUCCCAACGAAGGAAAUACUCAAUAUCCUCAACAUCGAGCCCUGCGUCCUCAGAACUUCCCGGAUCCCUUCUCACAAUCCCAAACUCAAAGUCAAGAACCGGAUCAAACCGAACUUGUACCUGAAUCAUCGCCUAUCCGGGAACAACAGAGCAGCCUUGACAAGACGGAUCAUGUCUUUCAACGACCACGUGCGCCUGGUACUGUUGUCCAAGUUGAAUCAUCUCAACCAGGGCGCCGGGAAGAGUCUGGUCCUGGCAAUGUGCUCUCACGCAGCCAAUUGUUGACGUCAAGUGUGAUGGAGAGUGUUGCGCUUCCCAAUUUUUGGAUGGGAAGUCAAGAUAGUGUUGGGGAACCAUAUAGUCUGCCGGACCAAUGA